AUGGAUGGGGCUGCUAUGAAUGGUCAUCUUUCGAUCAUCGAAUUCCUGCACAACCACCGCCACGAAGGCUGCACACCGCGGGCGAUCGUGCAUGCUGCCGAAAACGGCCACUUGGACAUUGUUCAGUUCCUCCACGAGAACGUGGACGAAGAAUGGCCGAUCGAUGCGGUCGCGGCCGCAGGGAUGCACGGCCACGUCGACAUCGUGCGGUACUUGUGCGAGCACGGAUUUUUGUUUCGCAGUGACGACGACGUAAUCGUUGAAAUGGCCCUCGCACUGGGUGACCACUGCCCCGAGGCGAAGGACCUCCUGCUGCUGAUGUUAGGCGGAGAUUCCGGAGACAAUUAA